UUUUAUAAGCACACUCAUUAUUUUUUUGGAAAGGAGGAACCACUUGCUCUGCGUGCAGAGUUGUUUUGAAUUUCCACCAUGAAAGUGUCUAUGUGUAUGAGGAAGGGAGGUAGGGAGAGAAUUCCAGUAAAUGCAAGCUGCUUUUGAACUUUUGGCGUACUUCCUCGAUGCUUAAAUAUCUGAGCCAAACAGCAGGGGUAAGAGGCACCAACACCAUUGCAUGCUUUUAAUCUGCUACAGACUAUGCCCUUACUUGGAAAAGACCAGGAUGUCCAAUCAGUCAGUCCAACCAUUGGAAGAACCCAUAUCCAAAUACAAACACAUUUGUUAUGUGUGAUAAGGGCGCGAGCAUAACAAGAGGAAGUGUGCUGCUUGAACCUUGCUCACAACUAAUCCUGAAGAGGAACAGAGUGUUGUUUCCCUUCAAUAGGCACAAUGGCUAACCAGCUGCUCCUCAUUCUGAUCUUCAGUUUUCUGACAAGUCUCUUGAAGGCAGAAAGAAAUGUGUUCUUACAAGGUAAAAUUGCACACAAAUUUCUGGAAAGAAGAAAACGUGCAAAUUCAGCAUUUGAGGAGUUCAAGCAAGGAAACAUUGAGAGAGAAUGCUAUGAAGAGAAGUGCUCAAGGGAAGAAGCCAGAGAAGCUUUUGAAGAUGAUGAAAAAACAAAUGAAUUCUGGAAUAAUUAUGUAGAUGGUGACCAGUGUAGCUCAAACCCUUGCCAUUAUGGAGGGUCGUGCAAAGAUGGCCUGAAUAGCUACACCUGCACGUGCUUGGCUGGUUAUGAUGGACCGAACUGCGAAUACAUCACAUACAAAUCCUGCAAAGUGGAUAAUGGAGAGUGUGGGCAGUUCUGUAAAAAUGUAGAAAAUACUGUGGAAUGCUCCUGCACAGCUGGGUAUAUCUUAGACAACGAUGGACAAUCCUGUGUUGCCACAGCUAAUUAUCCAUGCGGUAAAAUCAAAAGGACAAAGUCAAAGGCAAAAAGAGAAGCAAGCUUCCUUGACUAUACCCCCAGCACUUACGACUAUGAUGCCAUUCCUGAAGAAAAUUUUUACGAUGGUCCGCAGAAUUUCACUAAUGUGGUUCCCCAUCUGCCGUCCCAGGAUGGAACUGCACUCAAUGAGAAGGAUAUCAACUCUGACCUUAACAUGCGGAUUGUUAAUGGGUCCAAUUGUGAAUUGGGUCAAUGUCCCUGGCAGGCACUCCUGCUAGAUGAAAAGGAAGAAGGGUUUUGCGGAGGAACAGUUCUAAGCCAUAUCCAUGUACUUACUGCCGCUCAUUGCAUAAACCAAACAAAAACAAUUAAAGUUGUUGUAGGGGAGGUGGAUACAAACACAAGAACUACGGGAACUCUUCACACUGUGGAGAAAGUAUAUGUGCAUCAGAAAUUUGUAUUGGCAACCUAUGACUAUGAUAUCGCUAUAAUUCAAUUGAGGAACCCAAUUCAGUUUUCCGAAUUUGUGAUCCCUGCAUGUCUUCCCACAGCUGACUUUGCCAAUCAGGUCCUCAUGAGUCAACCAACUGGUAUUGUCAGUGGUUUUGGCCGUCUCCAUGAAAAAGGCCGGAAAGCCUCCAAACUUCAAAUGAUUAGAGUGCCCUACAUCGAUAGGCAUACCUGCAAGCUGUCAAGUAAUUUUGUAAUCACUGAAAAUAUGUUCUGCGCUGGCUAUCGCACUCUGGCUCAAGAUGCAUGUCAGGGAGACAGUGGAGGUCCUCAUGUAACUGAAUACAAGGGCACUCACUUUGUUACAGGUGUGAUCAGCUGGGGAGAAGGGUGUGCAAGGGAGGACAAGUACGGCAUUUAUACAAAGGUGUCCAAAUUCAUAGGCUGGGUGAGGAGAAUAAUGCGUCAGAGACCACAGCCAGCCAGGCAAGAAGAAAACUGAUGUGUCCUCAACACCAUUUAAUGGCAUAUUUCUCUCAAGCAUUUUGCUGUAUGAAUUGAAUAAAUAGUUCAAUUUAGAACAGGAGGGCGGAACUAUGGGCCACCCCCAGGUUGGUUAUGCUUAGGUGGAGGACAGAGUUGGUUAUGCUAGGUGAAGAACACAGAAGUUGUAGACCAAAUGUCUAGAUGCCAGACGUUCUUCACCCCAGUUAAGGAUCUUCAGCAUACUACUUUGAAGGCAUUUUUUUUUCAUUUCAUAGCAUCUAUGCAUUAUGAAAUCCAUGUUUAUUUCACUUAGCUUAGUAAAUAAUCUCACUCUAGCGUAAGUCCCUCAUGUAUCUAUCAGUCUAAGAAAUAUGAUUUUGAAUCUUUUAUCUUCUGUACUAUGGCCAGAAUCCUCUUGGAUGGUUACAAAUGUGUAACCACUACUUACCAGUUAGCAGCUGCUAUGCUCACCAAAGGUCUGUUCCCCAGUUGCUCUGGAUAUACUUUAUAUCCACAUGUAUAAGUUGAUCUCAUAAGUUGAAGGUUGAUUUGAGGGACAAAAUUAUGAAUUUUGAUAUGAUGUCAAGGGUCAUUCCAUGGAAAGGGGCAAGUAUAAAUGGCAUUUCAUGGAACCACUUCUCCCUGGCCAACACUACCAUUUCCUUGUUCAGGCAUUAAAAAGGCAGGAAGUAGAGGGUUUGAGUGCUUUUUUCAGGUUCUCUUGGAUGGAAUAAGAUCUUGCUGUUCACCACUCUGUUCAGCAAGGGGCAUGGUCCCUUUGUAAAAAAAAAAAAGGUAUGAUACAGUCCUAACAUUGGCCUAUGGAAGAGUCAACCCAGGUUUUGGAGGCUGAGUUUUUGACUAAAAUUUCUAGACUUAUACAUGAGUAUCAGGUAGCUUUCCCACCCUCCUAUGAACAAUCUCUGUUGCAACAGGCAGAAGUGGAUCUCCUGUCAUAAUUCCCCUGUACGCUGGAUAUCACUUGCAUGAGGAGGUUUGUAAACAUCAGCCAGCUGGUUUCUAUUGAUCACAGUAGCUGCUGCUGGUAAGUGGGCAUUGGGAGACUGUCGUAGUCCCAGCUAGAGCAGAGGUAGGAAUUAUGAAUGUGAAAUAGUCAUGAAUGCUCAGAGUUGUGUAUUCAUAACUGCUCAAGAAGACAGAGGCCUGUAGUUUUAAUAGAUUCAUAUGGCUUAUAAUGGAAUUUUGAAACUUAAAUGGCACAGUAAUAAGCUUUCAGUAAUUGGUGACCUUUCUCCCUUUUCUCCCAGAAUUAGAUGCUGAUAAUUAAAGUAUGUCAUUACAAUAAAACAAUCUCCAAAAGGGUAGAGGUAUCACUCUACUGCAGGAAAAAGAAAAAAAUGGUGGUUCCUUAAGACCAAGAUAGAUAUUAUAGCAGUGGUGUCCAACCUUUGGUUCUUCAGGUGUUUUGGACCAGCUCCUAGAAUUCCUGACCAUUGGACAAGCUAGCCAGGGCUUCUGGCCAUUGGAAUUCCAAACACCUAGAGAACCAAAGGUUAGACACCAUGGUAUUAUAGCAUGAUACUUUUAAAUAGGUUAUGCAGCCAAUCCCUUCCUGAUGAGAAAUAUAUGGUGAAGGCUUUUAGUGAAAAUACAUAUAUAAUUACUAACCCUGUAAGCUAACAAAUAACUUGAGAGUAUAACACAGCUAGUAUGGUAUAUCCCUGAUAAUAUCAACACAUCAUCACAGUGCUUGCAUGGUGGCCUUGGAAGGACAUAUUUUCAAAUGCCUUUCUCUUUUGCAAAUAUUUUAUAUUGCCACGUGUACCAAAAUGAAUAAUAAAACAAUAUAUUAAACUGUAA